GCCCCCGGCCACUACGCCGCCCCCAGCCACUACGCCGCCCCCGCCUACCCAGUGGCGAAGGCCGUGGCCUACCCAGUGGCAAAGGCAGAGGCCAGUCCGUACAACGCCGUGGCCUACCCAGCGGCCCCCGUGCAGUACGCACCGCCCCAGUACACGUACGCCUACGACGUCCACGACGAGCUGACGGGCGACGUCAAGAGCCAGCACGAGAGCCGCGACGGCGACGUGGUCCACGGCAGCUACUCGCUGCUCGACCCGGACGGCACCCGCCGCACCGUGGAGUACACUGCCGACCCGGAGCACGGCUUCAACGCCGUGGUGCACAGGGAGGCCGCGUCCGUGCACAAGCAGCACGCCGCCGUGGCGCACGCCCCCGCCAAGGUGGCCUACGCCGUCCCCAAGGCCGGCCACGUCGUCGCGGCGCCCGUGGCGUACGCCCCCGCCAAAGCGGCGUACGUCGCGCCCCCGACACCCGUCGCCUACGCCGUGCCCGCCCAGCGCAAGGUCGCCUACGCCGCGCCCGCCCCAGCACACUACCCAGUGCAGGCCCACCCCGUCGCAGCGUACCCCGCGCAGCACGCUCACUCCGUGCAGCAGGCUCACCCUGUGCAGCAGGCCUACCCCGUGCAGCAGGCUCACCCUGUUCAGCCGGCUUACCCAGUUCAGCAGGCCUACCCCGUGCAGCAGGCUCACCCUGUUCAGCCGGCUUACCCUGUUCAGCAGGCCUACCCCGUGCCGCAGGCCCACCCGGUGCAGCUCUUCCCCGGCCAGCACCCCCAGGCGCCCCACAGGUCGUCCUACAGCACGUCGUACAUCUCCUCGCCGGCGGGGUACCAGCAGUACCAGCACUAGAGACUGCGAGCCAACGCGCGUCUCGGUACGCCGCCCGCCCUGCGUCGGGGAAGGGCAGCGCUCGGACACUCCAGGCGGACCCAGCCGCCGAGGGGCCCUCCAGGGGACCCCGAGGGACCCUCCAGGGGACCCCGAGGGACCCUCCAGGGGACCCACCGCCCGAUCUCAAGCAUCACCCACUCAUCGCAGCCCGUUCGCCAGCCACGUAAUUCGCAUCAUGUUUAAUUUAUUGUAUGCAUAGUGGAAACAAUAAAACUCCGCAAAACGUGU